AUGGCGUCGAUGCCCGCUGCCACCAUCUACCCCCAAAGCCAUGUCGGUUUCGACAGCAUCACAUCCCAGAUUGAGCGCAAGCUGCUCAAGCGCGGUUUCCAGUUCAACGUCAUCUGCGUUGGCCAAACGGGUCUGGGGAAGUCGACACUGAUCAACACCAUCUUCGCGUCGCACCUCAUCGAGUCCAAGGGUCGGCUCAACCCUGAUGAGGUUAUCCGGUCGACCACGGAGAUCCAGUCUGUUUCGCAUAUCAUCGAGGAGAACGGCGUCCGUCUGCGGCUGAACAUCGUCGACACCCCCGGCUAUGGCGACCUAAUCAACAACGACCGCUGCUGGGACCCCAUCGUCAAGUACAUCAAGGACCAACACUCUGCGUAUCUUCGGAAGGAGCUCACGGCGCAGCGUGAACGGUACAUCCAGGACACGCGCAUCCACUGCUGCCUGUUCUUCAUCCAGCCGUCGGGCCACUCGCUUAAGCCCAUCGAUAUUGUCGUGCUGAAGAAGCUGUCCGAUGUCGUCAACGUCGUCCCCGUGAUCGCCAAGGCUGAUACGCUCACCCUGGAAGAGCGGCAGGCGUUCAAGGAGCGCAUCAAGGAGGAGUUUGCGUUCCACAACCUGAAGAUGUACCCCUACGACAACGACGAGUUCGACGAUGAGGAGCGCGCCGUCAACAACCAGAUUGAGGGCCUGAUUCCCUUCGCCGUGGUCGGUUCCGAGAAGUCCAUCAUCGUCAAUGGCAAGCAGGUCCGCGGCCGUCAGAACCGGUGGGGCGUUAUCAACGUUGAGGACGAGAACCACUGCGAAUUCGUCUAUCUCCGCAACUUCCUUCUCCGCACGCACCUCCAAGACCUCAUCGAGACGACUUCUCAGAUCCACUACGAGACGUUCCGCGCCAAGCAGCUCCUUGCCCUCAAGGAGAGCAGCGCGCAGGGACAUGGCAGCAGGCCCAUCAGCCCGUCGGCGGAUCGCGAGCUGAGCCGCAGCUCGCAACGGAUGACCAUGAACGGCUACUAA